GCGGAUUCGGGCGGCAUCUGUGGUCCCUGGGUUCCGCCGUCCGGGGACAUCUUCACGCACACAGAGUCCAAUGUGGACAGUUUAAACCACACCGACUGGACAACCCCUCUGGCCCUGGUUCCCGAUGGUGUUACUUCGAUAAUCGCCCAUAUCAGAAUAGGAAACUGGCAGGCGGCGCUGCACCAUAUUGUAACGGUCCGGCCUAGGAGCGAAUGCGGAAAUAAGAACUGUGAGGAAUUGGAGGGGGAGACCUGCUCGAACUGCCCAGCCGACUGUGGACGAUGCCCAUUAUCAAUCGGGGCUCUCUCGGGAAUCAUAGCCGGUUGUAUUGUAGUCGUCGGCAGUUUCUGCUGCGUUAUCGGGUACUUUUACUGGCGACAGGAGAAGAUGUUCUGGGAUGAGAGCUGGAUCAUCAAUUACGAAGAUAUUAAGCCCGACACUGGUCAGCGCGGUUUUGGCGGGAGUGUCAUCAGUAUUCGGGGAGACUGCGACACAUCGGCUUCUAGCGUGUCCGGUUUCGUACAUACAGCACAUCACAAACAGGUCUUCGCUCAAACGGGAAUCUAUAAUGGACAGACUGUAGCUGUGAAGAUGAUCGCCAAAAAUUCGUUCACUCUCGACAAAAGAAUUCGAAAAGAAGUGAAACAAGUUCGUGACCUACAGCAUUCGAACCUCUGCAAGUUCGCCGGAGGGUGCAUUGAGGUGCCGAACGUUUCCAUCAUCACAGAAUAUUGCCCCAAGGGCGCCCUCUCCGACGUCCUCUUAAACGAAGAUGUGCCCCUCAACUGGAGUUUUAGAUUUUCAUUUUGCAUGGACGUAGCCCGGGGGAUGCACUAUAUGCACAACAACAAGCUCUACCAUGGCAAACUGACGUCAUCAAAUUGCGUUGUGGAUGACAGAUGGGUGGUGAAGAUAGCAGACUACGGGCUGACAACAUUCAGAAACCAGGAAGGAUCGCAAUCAAAUGCAGGAGGGUACAGAUCGAAAGCCAUGCAGGUCUACCUUCCUCCUGAAAACAGAAGUAACACGUACACCCUCGUUACACAAGCCACGGAUGUAUACAGUUAUGGAGUCAUUCUGGUAGAGAUAGCAUCCCGAAACGAGGUGAUACCAGAAGAUGAUUACCCGCUAGAUGAGGCGUGGAGACCGCCCCUACCAGAUCUAGAAAUCGGAGAUACCACUGACGAUGAAAGGUGCCCCUGUCCGGCGGACUACCUUAGCCUGAUCGAGCGAUGUUGGAACAUCAACCCCGCACAGCGCCCUCACUUUUCGCAGAUCCGACAGACCUUGCACAGCAUCAACCCGAGCAAGCUGAGUCCUGUUGAUCUGAUGAUGCAGCUCAUGGAGAAAUACUCACGACAUCUCGAGUCGAUUGUCGCCGAGAGGACGCAAGAUUUAUUGCUGGAGAAGCAAAAGACAGAUAGACUACUUUACAGUAUGUUACCACAGCCUGUAGCAGACGACCUGAGGCAAGGCAACAUAGCUAAGGCGGAACAAUAUGAAUCAUGUUCUAUUUUCUUCAGCGAUAUUGUAGGUUUCACAAGUCUUUCCAGUACGAGCUCGCCCUACGAGGUGGUAGCACUGCUCAACAAACUCUAUGUCACAUUCGACUCCAUUAUUGACAACUAUGAUGUCUACAAAGUCGAAACCAUUGGCGAUGCAUAUAUGGUGGUAUCGGGAGUCCCGAAGAAGAAUGGACACAAGCACGCGGGAGAGAUCGCCAGCAUGGCCCUCGAUCUCGUCGAAGUAUGCGAGGAGUUUAUCAUCCCUCAUCGGCAGGAUCAGAAGUUAAGGAUUCGAGCGGGAAUCCAUUCGGGUUCAGUAGUAGCGGGAGUAGUCGGCCUGAAGAUGCCUCGGUAUUGUCUCUUUGGAGACACCGUCAAUACAGCCUCUAGGAUGGAGUCAACAGGAGAAGCGCUGAAAAUCCAAGCAAGUGACUUUUGUGUGAACCUCUUAGAAGAGCUUGGUGGCUACACCAUCAGAGAGAGAGGGGAGAUGCCCGUCAAGGGCAAAGGAGUCAUGGUCACAUACUGGGUGGAGGGCAAAACGGAAAGGAGAAGCAGUGACUCGGACGACAUCAGAACAGAAGCUCAAAUCAUCGACUUAUCGCCUUCACCACACCAUCACCAGCCCGAACCAGAAGAGGACCAACAUCGGCCGCCUCCGGUACAACGACAAUCAACCCUUAAAAACAAUUUAACCGCCAACAGCGUCAACAGUGUGUAUUUGGACGAGGACGAUCCGGCGAAUAACAACGUCACGGCGCCGUUGCGCGGGCCGGAGAACGGCGACGCCAUCAACAUGGUGAAACCCGGGCUGAAGAAGCCAAACUCGCCAUCAGGCGGAACCAGGAACAGCCAUAUAUCACUUCCGGGUUCUGUAGAUGACCAACAGGACGAGUCUGAGACAGCUUGCCUAAUCCGUGAAAGCGUACUCUAGUGGCGCCAACUAUCGUUAUCACGUGACCCAACUAGACCAGCCAAUGGGAAACGAGCGCUGUACUGUGCGUGCUGAAUACACGCAAGAAGAGCUCCGCGGACUACGUAUAACUAACACGUAGCCUUUGGAUGGAUAGCGAGUUCCAUUAUUUAAGAGACGGAAAAAUACUAACCCAUCAUGUGAUAAGUUGAACGCGUUCUGCUUCUUGAAGGAGUGCAUUUCCGGGAUUUUAACACCGUCCACGAUGUUACCAAGAGCUAAAUUUAAUGAGCACGGGUAGUGAGAAAGUACGUGGAAUAGUAAUUCUUUACGCACAAAAAGGCAGACAAAAGUGUGAAGUAGGCGAUAAAUAACGUUCACGUAGUUUAAAAUCAUUACGCACGUCCCGAUACAUAUACAAUCGUGACCCCAGGCUUGAAGUUAUUGAUAAAGAUGUAGAUUUUUAAUUAAAGCUAUGCAUGCAUGAAUUUAAGUAUCUCUCGUUAUGUUAAUCACAUAGUCUGAAUAUAAUAUUUAUUAUCAUACUAAUCUCCGAAGUCUGCCGGUUCGGACUAUGUCUGAAGAAUGUUGAUCUGAUCUCUUCUCACCUUGAUCGACAUGCUAUUUAUUUCACAUUGCAUACCCCAGUCACACCGCCAC